AUCGCCUUCCCGAAAUAGAAGAGGCAAGGAGCCUAUAUAAGUGGGGUGCCCACCCGGGGUUUCACCUUCCUGUGUGAGCACCUUCAAAAACCCACCAGCCUUUCCUAGCGCGCCUGGCACAAACAUUAGACAGGUAAGUUUCAGGAAUGGAGGCAGAGAGAGUAGAUCCCGUUACUCCAAGAAGGAUUCAUCUGUGGGUUUGGGGGACAAGGGGGGUGGGUCUCUAAAGGAGCGGUGUCUCUCCCUACCUGUAGGGUACAACUCUCCCACCCCAAUAAAACAGAAGUAUCCACCGCGUUAGAAGAAGCUGGGGGCUGCUUCUUUUUUCUCCUUCCCCAGCAAGGCAAUCGUAACAGGUGAAGGGGGGAAAUCCAAAAAGGAGGAAACUUCAACGGGAGGAGGGCGGAGAGGGCGGUGGAACUGGCAUGGGGAAGCGGGAUUUAUUGAGAAAGCACGGGAAGGGGAGAUAUAACUCAACCAGGGUGUGCCUUAAAAAGACCUAUUUUGAAGCGAGAGAAGGAAGGAGGCGAGCAUCUGAUCCCGGUGCGUAUUUGUGCGUGGAAAGUCCGGGAUCAGGGAACGAACAAUCGCUUUGAGUAAGGGAUUGCCAAGCGCCCUCAUCUGCUGCCUGUUUAGCUGGGCCCUCGUGCGCUCUUGUAACCCCGAAAAUGAUGGCAACCCGAAUGUUUUGGGUGCGUUUUGCCCUCGAUUUGCUCUCGGGGAUGUGUUUUUCUUUCGUAAAAAAAACCCUGCAUAUAAACGUGCGCAGCACUUGCCACAUUUCUUCAGGGGGAGAAGCGCGCGCGCGCGUGUUUAAAGUCAGGGGUGCAAAGUUUGGAGAUGGUUUCAAGAGAGGCAGGCAGGAAACCUGAGAACUGCAAAGAUGAGGCAGGCGUAUUCUUCCAUCUCUGCUUGCGGCUUGGACCAAAGAGCGCUCAGGUGUCAAGAGAGAGACAGAGAGCGCGCAGAGCGGAGGGCCUGCGGAGCGCAAUGCAUGCUGCGGCGGUCCUCUUGAAGCCUCAGAGGUUCGAGCCCAGCUCUCAGUUUGCAAAAACAGGAAGAGCAAUGCUUUAUGUUCGCUUUUCGUGAGUGCGUAGGUGAUAGAACCCUGUUAGCUUUUCCCACGCUUUACGCUUUACGUUGCCCUACUUGAAAGAGGCUUCCCCACUCAACCCCAAAAUAAGUUGGACUGGAGCAGAUUGCACAGAUGGUUACUAGAACAGUUGUUAUGUAGUUUUUAAAUUAAUGUAAGGUCCAGCAUUUUUCCUUGCACCAGUUCCUUAAAGCCUAAAGGAACGAUUGUUCCCUGACGAAGAAUCCUGUGUUAUUCUAACGCUUGCUUUCCUAACUUUGCUUGCAAAGGUGGCUCAACUAUCGCCGACAUUAUUUGGUGUCAUGCCAAAGACCCGCCCUCCGCUGGAUUUUUCUUUAUGUAAUUGCUUUACUUUCUUUCCAGUCCCCCCUUGGGGGCGUUGGUAACUCCUUGUUAACCUCGGAAACGGGAGCAGGGUGAUAAGGGCAUCUCCUCGGCCUCCUAUCACCUCCAUCUUUCCUGUUAAGUAAAGGCUUGCGCAGGAGGAGCGCCAGCCCGGUUUGGCUACUUGCGGAUGGGCUAGCAAAAGCAGAGCAGGCUGGAGGCGGGCCUCGGGUUGCAGUCCUCUAAAGGCAAUCGCACCUUCAGCUGAGCGGAGUGGGUGCGAAACUCGAGUCCCGCUCGCAGCAGCAGCAGCAGCAGCAGCAAGCGUCAAGCCGAGCAUCUCUGCGGUCUGGCGGGCGGUCAAGGGAAGAUCUGGCGCACCGUGACCCGAGGCGGCGCCUGAGUGCGAGAGGUUGCUGAGUAAGGGCCUCGGCAACCAGGGCAGAAAGUAUCGGGUGUAUUGUAGGGAACAGGUGCUGCUGCAUCAACACCACCAAGCUCCUUCCUUCCCGCUUCUCUCUCUCUCUCUCCCUCUUUCUCUGGAUGGAAAGACGGAGUUUUCAAGCAAGGAUCUACUUAGCCGCCUUCUCCAAAUCGGGGGGCGAGUGGGAGAGAAAGACCGAAGUUACAGCCUAGGGUGCUUUGGAGGGAAACCAGACGCCACGGCGACAGGUCAAACUGUGUUUAAACCAGGAUCUGCUGACACGAUCGUGUAGAAAGUAACGAGGUGGGGGGCUCUGAUUUUAACAGCAAAAGGGACGCGCGGAUAAAAGGUGCAAGUGAAACUUCUCCCUGUCCCCACUGGACGUCCUCACUGCUUCCGCGGAGACCCCAAGCAUUUUUCUCUCUUCUGUACUGAAGGUGGGGGGGGGGGGGUAAUGCACUGGGGAAAGAGAGGCAAACCAUGGUGAGUGAUCUGCAUCCCCAACACGCCCUUUCGCUGUUAAAAUAGGACCUCAAGAUGUGAUUUGUGGUGGACCAUGUUUCUGCCCGACAAAGAGUUCUGUGUCACUGGAAAACCUGCAUUCUCCUACAGAUCCGCAAUAAAGCAGCAAUAGUUUUACACACACACACACUCCUAUUUUUGCAACCUCAUACCAGGCAGAGGGACAGCUGGUUGUAGCAAGAAAAUUAUGUUUAACCGGAAUUUCACGCAGUUCAGGAGUUUCACAGAGCUCUUCCUCUGCCUUGUAACAACAAGCAGUGGCAGGAGGAGAACCACUGCGGGUCACCUUCCCUUUCCGCAGUCGGAGAUCUGGGUGCGUUUCCUAUGUAGUUAGGUGUGUUUGACAAAAGCUGGGGAGGGUUUUCAAGAGGCAAACUCGUGUGUACCACAUCAGAUCUUGAUUGGAUGUUCCAUGGCAGUUUUUUCUUCAAAGUAAAAGUGGCCAGCUGAAGCACUUUUUAAGGGGGUAUUUAAUGUUGGGUGCAGAUUAGCCUAUGAAGAUGAUUGGAAACUCCUGGACUGGAUGAGAGUGCAUAACGGGGAGAAGAGGAUGGAUAAAAUCCCAGUCCUCAGCUUCCUCUACUGUACUUCUGAAACUGCUUCCUCCUUGAAAGCAUAGAAGAGUGAUGUGGUCCACAGUGGCCGCAAAAAGGGCUGUCAUGUUUUAAAGUGGAGCAGGAGAACCUGUGGUCCCCCCCUGAUAUUGUUGGACUCCAAAUUCCAUCAACCCCAAGCAAUCACCUAGGAUGAUGGGAGUUGUAGUCCCAAUAACAUUUGAUGGGUAGCAGGUUCCUCACCCCAGCCCUGCCUUUAAGAUUAAACAUGCAUAUAUCACAGGUACUUCUAAGUAAGAACCUACAGCAGUGCUAAAAGGUAAAGGACCCCUGACAGUUAAGUCCAGUCGCGGACGACUCUGGGGUUGUGGCGCUCAUCUCGCUUUACAGGCCAAGGGAGCUGGCAUUUGUCCGCAGACAGUUUUUCCAGGUCAUGUGGUCAGCAUGACUAAGCCGCUUCUCGCGCAACGGAACACCGAAACCAGAGCAGCGCACGGAAACGCCGUUUACCUUCCCGCCAGAGCAGUACCUAUUUAUCUACUUGCACUGGUGUGCUUUUAAACUGCUAGGUUGGCAGGAGUUGGGACCGAGCAACAGGAGCUCACCCCGUCGCAGGGAUUCAAACCGCUGAUCGGCAACCCCAAGAGGCUCAGUGGUUUAGACCACAGCGCCACCCGUUUGCCGUUGCCCACAAAAUCUCAUGGAAAAUAAUAAAAGGUGCUGCAAGACUAUGCAGAAGAGUUGCUCUGCUGUUUCAUAUUGUUAACUUCAGCACAGAAAUGACUGCCAAAGCCAGGGUUAUGCUGUCAGAUCCACAGCCUUGACAGUCUGCUACAGCCCUGCCCUAUGAGUCUCUUCCUGGGCCUACUGCUGACAUAGGUAUCUCUUUAGAUCCCAGUGAUCUUGGAGCCCCGCAUUGCAUUUUUAUUGGAAGCCAUAAAAUAAAUGAGGCGUUCAUUCCCCAAGGAUGAAUUUCAGAGUGUUGGAAAGCAUUUCUGCACAUUGUGAGCAGCCUUUCCAAGAGACACUCUUGUUUUGGGAUCAGCCCCUCCACUGAGGAACUGCAGAGAGGCAUGUAAUGCCUGUUAGCAGAUUUUACCAUCCAGACCUUCCUCUGUUUGCUAGCAGAUGGACAUAUUUACUGUGUGCCGUUGAAAGGCAGCUUGAUCCAUCUGUGGCCUGCCUUGCAGCAAGCAUGGGUGAUAUAGAGGCCAGUGGGCUAGUGUAGAAUGCAGCUACUUGAUUCUUCUGGAAUAAGGCAAAAUUAGCACAAACAGAGCCAAAUGUUUCUGCAGAAAGAUCACUUAUGGCGACACAGUGGCCAAGUGGUUUGAGUACUGGACUAGGACCUGGGAAACCCAAUUUCAUUUCUCUAAUCAUCAGUGAAACUCACUUGAGUGGCCUUGAGCUAGUCGCUCUCUUUCAGUCAAACCUACUGUGCAGGGCUGUUGUGGAAGUAAAAUGAACUCCUUGGAGGAAGAAUGAGAUAUAAAUGUAAUAAACAAGCAAACAAAAGGAGACCAAAGAAUGAUAUGGCAAAACUGCACAUGGAAAUUUUGUUUGGAGAGCGACACAAUUUAAAGGCGCUUCUGUGUUAGUGCCAGAAGCCUCAAAAAUAAAAUGGAAACAUUGGAGUGCUUGGUACUAAAAGAGAAUAGGUGUGUAUCAGGGACCUGGUGGAACAAGGAGAAGUCAACAGAAUACAGUUUUCCCUGGACAUAAACGCUAUAGAAAGGACGCAGAAGGGCAUUCUGUGGCAGUGCUGCUCUUUAUGCCAGAAAGGGGGUGAAGUCAAUAAACUAGGAAGCUUAUCAUGAAGAAGGGCUUCCAAAGAAUCACUGUGGAUGGAAACAGCAGGCUCAUAAAAGUAAUAUAAUAUUGGGAGCCUACUGUCACCCCUUGACCACAUUUCUGAAGGUGAUAUUGAGGGAGGGAGAGAAAAUAGAAAGAGUUACACGACUCCCCUCAGUGGUCAACACUUAGCAAAUGCCGCCACACAAUUUAUUUUGAUUUCCCGCAAAGCAAAUGUUUUCUUUUGCUUUAUGGGCUUCAUUAUCUUCUGCUGAUUUUCAACAUGGCAUACAAAAUUCUACUUUUCAUCUUUGUAAUUGCUUCGCUCACAUGCAUCUCCUGCUUUGGCUGCUAUGUUCCUGCUUGUUCUUUUCUGGAAUAAGUGUCCUUGUUUCUCCUCCUCUUUGUUAUAAGUUCUCACUUCCAGAAUGUGAUUCCUUUCUCGUUUUGGGAUCUGCUGCUCCUUUGCCCAUGCUCAAAUGGCUUCUUAAAACUCAUUGUGUCUCCCUCCCCUCUCUCUGCCCAGCUUCCAACACUUUCUCCACUUUUCGCUGCUAAACACUUUUAGUAUUAAUUAUUAUGUAUUUAAUGCCCAUCCCACCUUUUCUCCAUGGAGCUCAAGGUGGAAUACAUGGUUCUUCCCUUCUUCAUUUAAUCCCCACAACAAUCCUGUGCGGUAGGUUAGGCUGAGAGGCAGUGACUGGCCCAAGGUCACCCAGCUUUAAUAAUGUUUUAUUUAUUUUACAGCUCAAUCACACACUGAGCUUUGUGGCCUAGUGGGGGAUUUGAACCUCUAACCACUACCCCACAGUGGCUUAGGGAUGAUACCUUUGCAGAUCAAUAUUUUGUUGUUUUAACACUGAAACGCUGAGAUUGCUGUGUGCGUAUGUGCUUUACUUACUGAUGUGUCUUGCUGUCUUAUCUUUUAUUCUACAUUACCCUGUGUUCCUUUCGGAGGAAGGGCAAUUUAUAAAAGUAGUAAAGAAAGAAAAGAGUUAAUCUGUUUAUAAAUGAUAUGAUAUGAGUUAAGUAAUGAGAUGGGCAGGUCUGCAGAUUAUUUGCAGUUGGGGGCGGAGUAAAUUUCUGUUUCUUUCUCACCCAGUUUUGAGAGCUCUUUGCUAUCAGAGAACCAGGCAGACAGGAAGAGCUCUCCAAGUUGGGUGAAAAGGAAACUAUGGUCAAAAAAACAAUGAUAUACACUUCCAAGCUUGUUUUCUCCUACUCUGGAAGGUAGGACUCGAACCAAUGGCUUCAAGUUACAAGAAAGGAGAUUCUGACAGUAAGAGCUGUUCAAGAGUGGAACACUCUCCCUUGGGAGGUUGUGAACACUCCUUCCUUGGAGGUUUUUAAACAGAGGUUGGGUGGCCAUCUGUCAUGGAUGCUGUAGUUGCACUGCAGCGGGGUUGGACUAGAUGACCCUUGGGUCCCAGCUCUAAGAUUCUAUGAUUCUAUGAUUUUGUAUACAUGGGAUGGUUCUGAACUGGCUGCCACUCAUCAAGAAAAAAGAUAUUGAUGUUUUGGUGGAUAUGUCACUCAGUGAGCAGUAGGUGUUUUGAAAAAAUCAAAUACUGAGUUGUAUUCAGCUAACUUUAACCCACUGAAAUUAAUGACCAAUGGCCAUGUCUAAUUUGGGUCUAUUAAUGUCAAUAGGUCUACUCUGAGUAAACAUUAGUUGAAUGUUACCCUCUGUGUUGGGGGUCAUUAGGAAAUGAUUGAAAAUCAAAUGCUGUGUUUCAUAUUGUGUUUAUAAAAAUCUAUAGCACAUCUGAAAUACUGUAUCACAUGGGCUUCUGAUCACUUAAUCUAAAAAAAGAUAUCCUAUAGCUGAGAAAGAUGCAGAGAAGGACAGCCAUGAUUAUUAAGGAGUUGAUUGCCCUUUUCUGAACCUACCCUAGUAGCAAAGGCUAAACCAUUCUGAGCUUUUUAGUAUAAGUUUAGGGUGGUUGCAUGGUCAAUAUUUUUAAAAUCUUGAGUGGUGAGCAGUAAGUGCAUUUGUUGUUGUUUAGUCAUCUUAGUUAUUUUCGACUCUCCAUGACCCCAUGAACCAGAGCAUGCCUUGGAAACUCUCACUUUCUUCUCAAAGCUUCUCCUUUUUUAUGUCCAUGGAGUUUUCUUGGCAAGUAAGUUUCAUAGGGAGACAUUUUUCUUGUCAUAUUAGAACUCAAUGACACCUAAUGAAAGUAAAUGUGAGUAGAUUCCUGUGGAACCCUCUGCCACAGGAUGUGGGCUUUGAAAAGGACAAAUUAAUGGAUGAAAUUCAUGGUUAUUAGCCAUGAUAAGAUAACUCAACAGAUCCUCUAUGACCAGAAGCAAAUUGUCUCAAUAUCAGCUGCUGGAGGGCAACCGAGACAAAUGUCUCCAUGCCCUGUUUGUGAACUUCCUAGAAACACAUGGUUUAUUCACUGUUUGAAUGCUGAACGAGAUAGAUCCCUUGGCAUGAUCCAACAAGCCUAUGAAGUAGUAGACUCUUGUGAACCCCAAUGCUAUGCAUAUUUACUCAGAAGGAAGCCACACUGUAUUCAGUGGGGUUUUACGCCUCAGUCCAGGAUAGCGGUUUGGAUCCUAGAGCACACGGGAGAUGCUGUUGUUCACCUGUAGGUUUUCUACCGUUUCCAUUGCUGGUUUGCUAACAGGUGGAACCACCGCAAGGUGACUGGAUGGGAAGAAGCAGGUGGUGUUGGUGGGGUUGUACUUUAUAUAACUGUGCAGAAAGAGGGAUUUGGAAAGGUGUGCAGGGCUGGGGGAAAGCUAUACCUGCAGAAAUCCUCUCCUUUCUCUAGAAUCAAUAAACAAAGUCUCCUACUUAGAGCAGGGGGACUUUGACUGGAGGGCUUGGGUUCAAAUCUUCACAGUGAUAGUGAACUUUGGCCAAUCAGUAAGCUCUGUUUAAAAAAAACAACCGGGGGGGGGGAGAGUUAAGCUCCACCACAAAACUACUUUAUGGAUUUGUUGUGAGGAUUCAUUGGGAAGGAAGGAGAGGAGAAUCUAUGGCCCUCAACCUAGAGAUACAUCCUACAUCCCUCCCUCCCAUCCAGGACAGAGGUAUCAGUCCCAACCUAGAUGCAGCUAUAUAUUUUAGAGAUAGCUGAUAGAUAGAUGAUAGUUCGACAUAGCUCUUUUCCAUCUUAGAUGUAUAUAGAGAUAUACAGUGGUACCUCGGGUUACAGAUGCUUCAGGUUACAGAUGCUUCAGGUUACAGACUUUGCUAACCCAGAAAUAGUACCUCGGGUUAAGAACUUUGCUUCAGGAUGAGAACAGAAAUCGUGCUCCGGGGGCACAGCGGCAGUGGGAGGCCCCAUUAGCUAAAGUGGUGCUUCAGGUUAAGAACAGUUUCAGGUUAAGAACGGACCUCCGGAACGAAUUAAGUUCUUAACCCGAGGUACCACUGUAGAUAGAUCCCUCCCAUCCUAGAUAGAUAGCCACCCCUUUCAUCCUAGCUUUCAUCUAUCUAUAGAUAGAUAUCGCUCCAGUCCUAGAUAUAAAUCUAGAAACCCUCCCAUUCAAGAUAGGGAUGUGUCUAUAGACAUCGCCAUCCCUCCCAUCUCCAUCAAGAGAUGCUCCAAAGGCAGUCCUGUCUUCCUCUGGUUUUUUUGUCCCACCACAUUAUUUUUCCCUGGACCGGCCGACAGGUUGACCUUGACAUGACUGUCUCUCGCUUCCUGUCUGCAACUCUUUCCCGCCACGCCAGGUGCUACUUGGGACUGCGGAUGCAGAGAAAGUACCCAAACCUCUUGCCCCGGCCACAACCCCUUUAGCCUGCACCGGCCCCUCUCUUUUUUUGCAAACUGGUGCUCGUCUGGCAGAGAGAUGCACACACACACACAUACACACAGCCUCGUGGCUCUUUUCGUUCUGCUGCUGCUGCUUCUGCUUGUAGCUGGCACCCCUCCAGCCCUUCUCCCGGUGUGCCAUCCCCGCCCGGCACUGCAGUUUUGGUCAUAUGAGCAGAAAUGAUGAGGAGGGCACUCCCCCCUCCCUCCCUCCCUCGCUUUCCGCCCCCCUCCCCACACCCUCCUCUCCCGUCUUCUUCUUCUUAAAUCUUUUGGCACUUUCCCUCCCAACAGUUGCAAGGAUGGCGAUGACUGACGUGCUCAGCGCUGACGAUAUCAAGAAGGCGGUGGCAGCCUUUGCAGGUGAGCCACGCCGGAGACUUCCAAGUACCGGCGGGAUAGAUGGGGUGGCGGGGGGGGGGUUGGGGGAGGCAUUGCGGAGAGUGGGACGCAUAUCUUCCAAAGUCCGGCCCAAGGAGAUGCGGAGAGAAGGGGGCGGUUGGGGUUUUGCAAGCGCAGAUUGCCAAUCUGAGCCGGUCCAAGUCCGGGGCUCACGUCCUCCUCUGCUUGCUAACUUCCUCGGAACACCUCUAGCAAGGCAAGGCAAUGCUUCGUUGAUUUUACCGCUAAGAUCCCGGAGAAUCCACUGCGGGAGGGCUCUGCGCCGCAGCUAGCGGAGAACUCCCCACCUUUGGACAGCCCCAAAGAUUGGCAUAGGGAGCCCUGAGUAAUCUGGAGCCCUUCUGGCAGCAAGGCGGCACCCCACCCCCCACCCCCAGCUACGACCUCCCCUCUUUAUCCAUCUUUCCAAGGACUCGCAUCCCUUGCUCUGCUUGUGUCUGCUUUUCAAGAUGCAUAACUUUUUAAAGAUAUUCCGUGGGUUUCAGUCAUGCGGGGCUGCGGGUGUGGUGGCUGCAAAGGUCCAAACUUCGCCUGCAAGAGAGGCUUCCUCCCCGCUUUUUGAACAUGCAAGCUGCCGUCCACGGUUCAGGACUGUGGGCAGGACAGGGUUAACUCAAGGGUCUCGAUCCACCACCCACCCCGGCUGCAGGAUUUGGCAGCCCCACUGCUUAGAUGUGAGGCAGGGACCUUCCCAUUUCCCAUUCGGACAGCUCCCUCCUUGGAAGCACGCCUUCGGUCCCAAGUCAGGGUCUGGAGGCAUGUGAGGUCACCGCCUUGCUGAAGCUAAGCAAGCCAGGGUCUGGCCAGUGCCUGGGUUGGAGGAGACUUCCUGGGAGCCACAUCUACGCCGCUUUGGGUUCCCUUAUGGAAGAAAGGUGAGGGUCUGAAUAAAGGUCAGUGAAGAUCAUUGGCCUGGGAAGAGCCAUAGCUCAGUGGCUAGAGUGCCUGCCUUGAUUGCAGAAGGUCCCAGGGUCGGUGCUUGCUCCGGCAUCUCCAGGUAAAUCUGGGCGAAAUUCCUGUCUGUGCUGCCAGUCCGUGUAGACAAUAUUGAGCUCGAAGAACCAAUGGUUUGACUCCGUGUAAGGCAGCUUGCAAUGACAGAACUAAACAGAGAAACCUUUAAUUCGGCCCUGUCCACACACAUACGCACACUAACGCCAAGGUUGCAGGUUCGAUCCCUGUAUGGGACAGCUGCAUAUCCCUGCAUUGCAGAGGGUUGGAUUAGAUGAUCCUCAGGGACCCUUCCAACUCUGCAAUCCAUGAUACCCUCAAACAUGUGGGCAUGCAAAACCAGGAUCACAAGGCAGAGACACCCCAGUUAGGCCAGAUCCACCUUUCCCAGGUGUCUGUAGCUCUCCGAAGCUUAGCGCCUGCACAAGAUAGUUGCUUUGCCCAGCUAUCUGUGUUCUAAGCAACUUCCAACCAACAGGACAUUUCUGGCCUCGACCCGAAUGUACAUGCUACAACCCACCUCCCCCCCCAACCCUAAACCACUACGAUGUCCUCUUUGCCUCCUUCUCCUUCUCACGCGGCGACCUUGCCGAGAACGCCCAAGCCAAGGGCUGAGCUCGGAAGGAAACUCAUCGCAGUAGCAGCCCAAAACUCGAAGGGAAGGCGAGCUGGUCUGCAAAUCGCUUUAGUCCUUGGCACUUCAUUGCUCUCGCAAGUCUGGCUCCCGCGGGAAAUACGGGCCAAUAUGAAGACCAGGCUGAUUCCCCACCCCGCUCCUCUCUCCCUCUUUUUCAUUCAUUGAUUCUCUCUUGAUUUGCAUGCAGCGGCGGACAAAGGCUGCUGCCCACAUCAAAGGAGGCCGGCCUAAUCAGGGCACUUCUUAGAGGUCACUGCGUUCGAUUUCCCUAGCGCCUCCCCCGGAUUUAGAGCCCUUGGCGAGACGGGUCUCGAAGUUUCAUUUCAGAAGCGUUUAAGCUUCUGAUGUCCUUUAUUUGCAAGAGUGAGAAAAAGAAACACUGUGCUGUGCUACAGCAGUCUCUGGGUAACUGCCCUAAAUAAUAUGCAUACCAAGGAAUGAUAAGGGGGGGAAGCCUUUGGAGAAAACCUUGAUCUAUCAGCACACCUGACUACGAGUUGUGGGGCUAUUUAUUAUCUCUCUUCCACUUCCUCCACCACCCCGCUGCUUAGGUGUGCAGGGCAGGUGACAGACUCAAAAUAUGACAAGCAAAACAGCAGGCCUCUGUUGUCUUCCCUGGCAGCAGGGCUGCUACAGUGAUGCUUAGGGGAGGGAGGUGUGUUUGAAAUGUUGUGUCUUCCACCACCCCUUGCUCCCAGGUCAUACCACAUUCAGAGCUACCCGAGUCACCCUUUUUCAAAAGCCUGUCUUUUCUGUCCUGUCUCUGCUUUACAAAUGUGCCUGUCUCAUGGACAGCCAGCGAGGACCAGAAAAAUGUCAGUCUUGGUUCCUGAAAUGUGUGUGUUGGUUGUGGAUGAGGAUAAAACCGGGCCAAUGAGCUAGAAUACCUCUGGGAGUCUCUUCCAAAUAAAGUCAAAGUCACCCUUGGCUUAUAUUUAAGUUGUAUCUCUCACCCACCACCCAGCCCAUGAUGUCCAAUUGCUUCAAACCAUUGGGAAACACAGGACAGAAAUGCUAUAAUAAAAUCAGUAAUUUCCACCACUCUCGGCCACAAAAGUGACUAGCCCACAAAUAUUUCUUCUAGGUUCCCAGCUCACACAGACCUCUGUUAGACAUUUGUGGCACAUCAAGCAUGAAACUCUUAAUCUCAGGGUUGUGGGUUCGAGCCCCAACUGGGCAAAAAUAUUCCAGCAUUGCAGGAGGUUGGACUAGAUGACCCUCAGAGUCCAUUUCAACUUUACAAUUCUAUUAUUUUCUCAACAGCCCCAAGGGGGAUAGGUGUAGGGCAGAAACUAGUUACCUUCCAGAUUACCAUAGUCAUUCUGGUGCAGUUUCCCAGUUAUGUCCAUGAUGUUAGACAAUGCAGCAACUUUGCUAAAGCUUAGAAGCUCUGGUUCUAUUCACUAUUUGGAUAGAACACUACUUGGGACUCUCAAGGAUCCUGCUAUUGAGCUCCAUAACUGAAGAAAGGAGACAUAUUUGUUGUAAUCCUCUCUGAUACUUAGUUGCGCCUCCGUCAACAGGGAGAGAAGGGAAUCUAUGCAUAUGAAUUCUCUGGUGCUUUGCAAGCUCCAACAACAAAUUGCAGGCACUUUGCAAGGCCUGACAAUCAACUGAUUGUCACCAGAGGCCAAAAUGGAUCACCUGAUGUCAUUGUGACAUUGGGUGAAUGACAGGUGAGCAGAGCUGCCCACUUGUCAAACUAGGCCCACAGGGUGGGAGAGACAAGGAGCUGGCCUUUCAAACAGAUCUAUUUCCUGCUCCGAUAUAGAUAAUAAUUUUCUCUGUACUUAGCUGCCUGCCACAGAAUGCGUGAACUGACUCCACUGGAAAGCACUGCGUUUGAAAUGAUUUGUGGUGCCAGACCUACGGUGGCCCAUUCGCACAUGCAAGCAUCCACUGGUGUUGUUGCUGUCACUACCAAUGAGCAGGCAUGAAUUAACCAACCCCAUGCCAUCUGAAAAGUGAAAGAUGAAUGGGCCUGUUUACAGAGUUAAGGUUGCUAAAGUGCCUUGUCAGCCACUCUAAAACUGAGGUGCCCUCUUCAAUUCUCCAUCUUCCUGCAGCUGCCGAUUCUUUUAACUACAAGAAGUUCAUUCAGCUGGUGGGAUUGAAAGCUAAGAGCAAAGAAGAUGUGAAGAAAUGUUUCCACAUUCUGGACAAAGAUAAAAGCGGUUACAUUGAGGAGGAUGAACUAAAGUAAGGAAAGAUUUGUGUUCCUCUCAUAUACCAACUAAAAUAUGGGUUGUAGAAAUAAUGUGCAGCAUGGACUGGUCUUAAACAUUUCAGCAUCUGGUCAUAUCAAUAUAUGCACAGAAGAUGUUAAGCUACCAGCCAUCAUAUGACUAAUAUCAGCCAACAGAAAAGACAAUAUCCACAUGCCCCCAUACAUAAACAUUAAUUGAUAUUUUUGCUCCCCACCCUCAAAAUAUUUUGUUUUCACUUAUUUAUACAAGGAGAAGCAAUCAACAAUCAACCAUCACCCCCACCCCCAGCAGAAGCACCAAACUUUUAAGUCAUUUCAGUUUUUAAUCAAAGGUAACAUUCCACAGGUUGCCAUGUAUCCUUGGAAGCCUAUAACAAUGUUCUAUUGAUGUUGCAUAUGUAAUAAAACAGUUUGACCAAGCUGUGGGAGGUGGUGGAGGACAGGGGUGCCUGGCGUGCUCUGGUCCAUGGGGUCACAAAGAGUCGGACAUGACUAAAUGACCAAACAACAACAAUGUAAUAAAACUAUGCCAGGUUAAUCAGAAAGUAGUAGUUUUCUUUUCUGUUCAACUCUCUUGGACAAGGGUUGUCAGUUUCUCCAGUAAUAUUACCGGUAAGUCCCAGAGUUGUGAGAUUCAGAACUCAAAUGCAGUAAGUCUGCAUUUAGUGUCUUCCAAUACCUUGCAAUAGUAAGCCAAACUCAGUCAUCAGGUGAGUAAUGAGAUCCUUGUGGGAAAGUUGUGGAACAGUUUCUAAAUAGUUGUUUGUUUACAUUUGUAUACUGUCCUUCAUCCAAAGAUCUCAGGGUGGUUCACAGGAAUAAAACCAUAAAGUGCAUAAUAAAAACAAGAACAAAACAAGCCAAUAGCACACACACGAAAAACACACACAUUUAAAUGAUGUAGGAUGUUAAUCAGCCAAAGGCCUUGCUGAAAAGGGACAUUUUUGUGUGGCACCUAAAGGUGUAUAAUGAAGGUGCCAGACAAACCUUGCAGAGAGCAUUCCACAAUUGGGAAGCCACUGCAGAAAACUCAUGUUCCUCUUGUGAAGGAGGCACAUGAAGAAGGGCCUCUGAUGAUAAUCUCAGGGUCUGGGGUGGUUUAUAUGGGGAGAGGCAAUCCUUUAGGUAUUGCAAGUGGUUCUGAGCUGUUUAAGUGCCAUUUUAGGACCCAAAAGGAUAUCUUGUUUUGUGAUAAGGCCUGCUUUAUGAAAAAUUGUUGUCACUUGUCCAACCAGGAUAAGCUAAGUUUAUUCAAUGUUCUUGACUGGUGAAAUACAACUAAUGCAGAUCCAAGAGCUCAACCAAGAGUAAGAGCCGGUGAUUUUAAAUUCAGUUCUGUAGCCAGACAUGGGGGAAGAAAGGCUAAGGUUACAUCCUAAGUCAUCCUAAGGGCUCUCGUCCUAAGGGUAAUCCUAAAUCAGGUGUGGGGAACCUUUGCCCCUCAAGAUGUUGCUGAACUACAACUCCCAUCAUCCCUAGCCAUUGACCAUGCUUGGUGGGGCUGAUAGGAGUUGUAGUUCAGGAACUUCUGGAGGGCCAAAGGUUCUCCAUUCAAGUCCUAUGUCAAAGAAUCAUAUACUUGGAGGAAUCUUGUAGGCCAUCUUGCCCAACCUUCUUGAGGCUGGAAAUCCAAAGCAAGAGCAUCUCCAGGAGUUGGAUGUCCAGCUUCUGCAUGAAGACCUCUGGGGAGGGAGACUCCCACCCCCAGUAUUUAGUUUCAACAUCAAACUGUUCUUGCUUUUUAGAAGUUUCUCUUAAUGAUCAACCAAAAUCUACCCUCAUCUCACAGAAGCCCAUUAGGUAUGCCCUGCCCUCCAAGGUACUGGAAAACAAGUCUUUGUUCUCUACAGUGGGACAAUCCUUCAGGUAUUGGAAGAGUGUCAUCAUGUCUCCCCUCUCAGUCUUUUCUUCUCCAGCCUAAAUUUAGCCUAUUUAGAAGUAAGUCCAUUGAGUUAAAUCAGGCUUACUGUUUAGGACUGCAGCCUAAAUUUAUUUAAACAUUUUAAUAACAUUUCAUGUUAAUAGAAAAAAAUUAAAAAGUCAGUAUCAAGUGCUGAUUGGGUUGGAGUUGUCUGCCUUCUUACUGGAUCAAAUAUUGCCUGCAUGUUAUUUUCCCUUAUAUCUUUGCAAGUAAGAGGGCUUUAGCCUUUUUAUUUUUUAGAUGAAAGAUGAAAAUUCAAGGAAGGGGAUCUGGAUUAUCCCCUGAGGGGGUCUUGCAGCCCUUGCCCCCACCCAGUUACAGCCCUGCUUGCAAGGGCUGAGCUCAUGAAGUAAGCACUUAAAAAGAAGAGUAUUCUCAAAAGAGAACGGAUGGAAAGAAUCUGUAACGUGGCUUGAAAUAACUGCUGAAGCAUCUGAAAUAGAGCUUUCCCUUGUGAGACUCUCUUCCACCUGAAGCAGCCUCAUGUGACAAUUUCCUCUCUUUCAGCGACAUUAGGAAGGUCACCCUCACAAGGCAGGACAGGGCCAACUGUUCCUCUCCAUGUUAGCCUGUUGUGCUUGAGCUCAGUAACGGACAGAAUGAGAGCAAAUCAACUCAAUCCAGGCAAGGCAAAGGCAGAGGUAGAGGUGUUGAUGGUGGUUCUUGGGGGAAAUGCUGCUUUGUGAAAAGGGUCGCACCCCUCCUUAAGUUUGCAGGUUAAGGGGCGCUCUUAGCUCCAGAUAUUCAGGUGACAACUCUAGCCAGGAGCGUGUUCCCUCACCUGUGGUUGAUCUGCCAGCUGUACCCUUUCCUGGAGACCAGGGACUUAGCCAUUGUUAUGCAUGUUAUAGUAAACCACUCAGCUUGACUAUAGGAAUAUGCCUUCUAUGAGGCUCUUCUUGAAGACAAUUUGGAAACAUCAGGUGGUCCAGAAGGAGGCAGUGUGACCUUUACAUGGUACUAUCCAUGGGGGGGGCAUGGUGUAACACUGAUCCUCUGAAAGCUCCACUAGUUCCUUGUCCAGGAGUAGCCAGUUGUUGUGGGACAACAACACUCAUCAUCCCCACCUAGGGUAGCCAAUGGACAGGGGUUAUGAGAGUUGUACUCUGACAUCUGGAAGGCACCACAUUGGCUACCUUUAUACUAGUCUGCUUCUGGGCUAAAUUCAAGCACUAGUUUUGACCUUGAAAGCCCUUUGAAACUUAUCCCAUAUACAACACACACCCCUAUAAAUUGAGAUGUUGCUCCAGAUGCCACCAUCAUCUGAAGUGAUGCCACCUGUGGCCAGAAAUUGGUAUUUUGUUUUAUUUUUAUGAUUAUGCCUGAAGUGUGGUGUUCCUUCACCAAAUAGACCUGCAGUACAAACCCCAAGGCCUUUCAGUAUCUGGUGGAUGUGCAUUUGCUCUACCUGACCCUUACAUAUGGCUUAAUUCCUGUUCUGCCAUUUUUAGUGCUGCCCUACUUUUUUAUUGUGAAAUGUUUUAAAAACGGAACAAAAUUAUGUUUGAUUGUGUUUUUAUUCUGUGCUUUGAACCACUUUGGAGCACCUUUCAGAGGAAAAGCUGUCUGUACAUUUAGAUAGCAAAUAUGUGCUACACGCAUGAAAUUUAAAAACUGGGUAACUCAAGAGUCCUCAUGAAUUAGCUUCCUCUCCCCCUCCCCCAUUCUUCUCAUUGAUAGGUUUGUAUUGAAGGGCUUUACCCCUGAUGCCAGGGACCUGACUGAUAAAGAAACCAAGGAAUUCUUGGCCGCUGGAGAUAAGGAUGGAGAUGGCAAAAUCGGUGUUGAUGGUAGGUGCUUUGCCCUGGAGAGUUCAAGUGUAACACCAGCGGGUCAGAAAUAAUACCAAGAACAACCAUGCAUUGAAAAGGAAUGAUUUUCAAAAUGCAUGCUGAAACACAAGAAACAAGACACAAGAAAGAUGUUAAUUCAGUAAUUUGAUACUCCUGUUGCCCCAAGACAUCUAGUUUCCAAGGUGGUUGUCCACUGCGUCUCUGCCAUCUCCUUCCAAGCAGUCAUUCUGCCACAUCAUUGCACUGGAAGUUCUUCUUCUUCUUUGGCGAUCACUCUUAGCCAAGUAAGAUUGUCUUCCAUAAACAUGGUUUAAACAGUGAGUCCGUAAGUGACUGUGGAGGCCAAUUCUGGUUCCACAUGUCCUUCCACAGUGGGGACAUUGGUUUCUGGGUGGGAGUUGAUCACGGUGUGGAUUUGCCAAGCGUGUCUUCCUCUUAGCACGUAUCUCCCUUGCAUCCUGAGUUUGAGCGUCUUCCAAGCGCAUGACACCUUUGGUAAAGGCUGUUCUCCAACUGGAGCGCUCGUGGGCCAGUGUUUCCCAGUUGUCAAUGUUUAUACUACAUUUUUAAAAUUUGCCUUGAGACAGUCUUUAAACCUAUUUUGUUGACCACCAGCAUUGCGCUUUCCAUUUCUAAGUUCGGAAUAGAGUAGUUGCUUUGGAAGACGAUCAUCAGGCAUCUGCACAACAUGACCAGUCCAACGAAGAUAAUGUUGAAGAAUCAUUGCUUCAACACUGGUGAUCUUUGCUUCUUCCAGUACACUGAUGUUAGUUCGCCUGUCUUCCCAAGUGCAAUCAUUUCCACUGCAAAGGUGCAGCAGGACACUCACCUCUCUUUGCAGAAGGCUACCCACUGUAUCGCUGCAAGAGUCGUGGCUUUGGGUACACAUCCUUUGGGGCAGAACAAUCAAUCAUGCAAACAUAUACCUCAGAGAGUGAGUUCCUCUCAUUCUGUCAUUGUCUAAAGAGUCUCCUGGGUAUAAGGGUGAGGUGUAUCUCCAUUUUGAAUCCAGAACAAAAGUGGGGUACAGUUAUCAGAAGGUGACAAAUGCUAGUCUAAAGUGAUGGGACUUGGGUGAAAAGCCAGGCUUCAGGGAAAAAGUACAGCUGACUUCAGACAUGAGGGGAACCUUGACAAAGCACUGUGUGAUGGGCCUCCUCCUAGCCCAACAAGUCCUGACAAGCUUACUUGGCAAUGGCAGCAGAAUCAUGUCUUAGCCACCAUUUUAAUUUCCUACAAUGCCCCAGAGUGUCUGCUUUGGAUCUCUCCUCUCUCUCAAGAACUCUGUCACAUGUUUAGCAUAAUCUGUCUUAGAAUGCAGUCUCAGUUUAAGCAAAUCCUUCAUUAUUUGUUUGCAAAUCCAUAUGAAACUUCCAGACUCUCAUGAAUCUGGGCUGUGGUAUCACUCUCCUUAUCAUGCACUAUCUGGGCAUCUGAAAUACUGCUUAAAGUUGUGGUCUUUGCUUGCUGAUUCUGCCUGUCAGGGCACAAGGGAAGUGACCUCACAGAGUUCUCUCUAGCAAGUUUACAGGAAAGCUCUGUGAGCCUCAGCCCUUUCAUGUGCCUAUCUGGCAAAACAUGUAUUGUUGUUUUGACUGCAUAAAAUAUCCCACAGAGCACUGCUACAUUGUGGGCAUUGGAGGAAACUAAAAAUGUGGCUCCUAGACCAAGUCAGGCAGCCCAGGGCAGGUGUCAGCACCAGUGGGUCCUAGCAGCUGCCAAAGGGUCUGAGCAAAGAGCUAAUGCCAGUUCACAUGCAGUUGGCAAUUUAGCAUCAUUGCCACCUUUGCUACCCACAGCUGAGGGUGAAGAAUGUGAAGUAAAGCAAAGGGACAUGGCUUUAGAUUCCUGCUGUUGAUUAAACUGCCAGGACAGCAUGUAGGUAUAUGUGUUAGGUAUAUGCAUACAUUGCAAAAAAGACACCUUCCUCCACCCUUCUGGCUCUACUGUGACCAUGUUUGUAUUCUUGUGCCAUCACCUCUUUCCAUGAAGCAUACCAGGGGAAAUGCAUGAUUCAUAAAUCUAGGUCAUAUUGGUGUACUAGAAACAGGAGUUGGCAUGUGUCCCAGAGCCAGCACUUCAGUUGUGUCUUUGGCCAUAGGAACAGAGGGAGACAUGUCAUGUGCUGAUCUGGCAGUCUUCCAUGGCCAUUAAGAGGCAAAAACGAGUCCAAGAAGGAGAUGGCGAUCUACUAAGGUGGCCCUUCCAAACAGAUCUCUAAGCAAGCCAAUAAAAGUCAGUCUAGAUGGGCCUCUCGAUUUGCAUAGUGACUAGGAAAUGGGGGUGUCAAUAUUGUUAGGAGCUAUGGUCUCUAACCUUUUCCUGGUUGCUUUGAAUUGGGUGGUGUGUGUGGGAACACUUCUGCCCUAAGAUUCCACAGAGGUAAGGAGAACAGCUGAGAAACCAAGGAGAAAGUGAGGCACACACAAAACCCACAGGAACAUGCUGUGGAGAUGCAGGCCCCCCGAAAAAUUCAAUCCUGUGGACUACAGGGUACUCCUUCAGAAGUGGCUUCCCUGCAGAGAAGGUACUUGUGAAGUACCACUCUCCAGGAUUCAACCGACCUAUUCUCAGCACAGUGGUGGUGAUGGGGAGAGGCUGCAUCUCCUUCCCCACCCUGCUCCUUGCCUGACCAUAUGUUUAAUUGUGAACCCUAAUUAAACAUUAGCCCAGCCCUCAGGUCGAUGCAGACUGAAGCUCCCCCAGGUCAGCCCAGCUUGCAGGGUGGGAGCUGUGUACAGACCUAACAAUUCCAAAUCUCUUGCAUCCCAUCCUGGCAACUUAACUGGGGGUGGGACUAGAUAAUCCUUUCGGUCAACUCUACAAUUCUAUGAAUUGUCAGGAAACGACAAAGUGAAAUAAGUGCUUUUUGACUGAGUAAAGAGAAAUAAAACCUACCACCUCCAGAUGCUUUGGACUACAACUCCCAUCAGCUCUAGGCCCCACAACUAUGCUGACUGGGGCUGAUCAUGGGAGUUUUAGUCCAAAACAUUGGAGAGGGGAUCAGUUUGGUGCAGACUGCCUUAAAACAUUUACUCCCUUAUUGUGUUCCUGACACCAGUGAAAUUGGUGAUUUGACAACUGGAUCUCAGAAGACAUGAACAACGAGGCUGGUCCUUUUCAUCACAGCCCUCGUAGGGUUCAGACUUGACUGUCUCCUCUUCCUCUCUCUUUUUCCUCCAGAAUUCUCAACCUUGGUGGCUGAAGCAUAAAGGCAUUGACCAAUCUCAACCCUUCAUGCACCCUUCAUUGCCUGAUUCCAACUGUUUUUUGCUGACCUCCUUGGUUCCUCUUCUAUUUAUUUAUGUUAUUUUAUACUCCAACUCUGUUCCUUGCAGCCCUGCAACUCUGUAAAUUGUGCUGAAAGAUGCUGUUAAAAUAAUAAAGGUCACAUCAAUCUGGGCUCCAUUUUCCUUGCCUUUCACAUGUGCUUCAUUUUAUUCCGACUUGAAAGGAUGGAGGGAAGGCAAAGAAAAGAAGGAUGAGGUUAGGGACAUAAUCCUCUUGGCUAUCUGGACACCCCUUUGCCGAAGCAGCUCAGGCUGGUAUAAGGUCAGCAGCACCGAGGAAAUUAUUUCAGUAGGGAUAUGCCAAUGGCAAAUGAUUUAAUCUCAUUUCACUUUGCGGCAAGACUGAUUUCAUACUCUCCCAGAUACGCGCACUCAUGCGCACGCGCACACUUAGCCUUGACAAAUCUCUAGUGAUAGCAAUUACACAACUUCAUUUGGCAGCUGAUUCCUUUGAUUUAACUGUUCUUGAAGCUGUAAAACAUGUUUUAAUGGCUUGCCUCGGAUUUCCCCCCAAACAUUUUUUAAAAUGCUCAGUAAAUCUUCUCCAAUACAUUCAGCACAUUACAUUUCCCAAAUGCAGGGAGCCAUAUGAACAAAAAGGCCAUACAGCUACAUCAGUCUGUGUCGAUCAAACUCAAAUAUCGUUUCACAAAUGGCUGUAAUUCAGCCAUUUCUAGGACGGGAAACAGAGUGUGUCAACCAGUAGUACUAGUUAGUAGCUUAGGACAGGAAAUAAAGUGACUCAUGCUAUGAAGAAAUUUAGAUGAUUAGAAAAGAAAUCACUUCACUGAGACCUCAGCAUAACUAGUAACACUCCUGCCCCAUGAAAAAAUAAUGUAGGGUUCUUUUUAUCCUUGACAACAAGCAAGGUUUUGCUUUUAAAUCUGAUCCAAUAUAAAGGCUGUUUCUGAAGCUGAAAAGCAGCUUCUUCCUGGAUCCUUGCUACUGUUCUGCAGCAACGAAGCAUAAGUGCUAUUGUCAGAAACCUGGAAAAGGGAAUUAUUUUCUCCACUGCUUCUAUUCUCCAGCAUAAGGGCUCAUAGCUCCUUGGUACAGUGGUACCUCAACACCGUCCCUGCCUGUUAGAAUGAUGUCAGAAUGAAGUUAAGUGGUUUUAGCAGCAAUGAUAUAAAGGUGUAUGUAAAAAUGGAUUGUUAACAGGUGAGAAUCUAAAGUUAUAAUAUAUUAAGUUAAAGGAUUAAGACAAAAACAAAGAGGGAAAGGAAUUGCUGAAUUAACUAAUAGAACUGGAAUACAAAAAAGGGAGGUGUGAGGAAGUCAGGGAAGUAAGGAAAUGAAAUGUAAGGUAUGGAAAGAUCGAUGUGUUUUUUAAGUGUUUUUUAUCUUUUUUCUGUAUUUUGUAUUUUUUCUUUUUUAUUUCUUUUUCUUUUUUUCUUCUUUUUAUCUAUGUAAUCUUUUCUUUGAAACUUUAAUAAAUAUCAUUUUUUAAAAAAAACACACCGUCCCUGCAGAGGGCAUUAAGAUACA